GGGGGCGUGUCCUGGGCGGGACCGCGCCCCGCCCCGCCGGGUCCUGGAGCGGUGGUCGGCGCUGGGAGGGCCCAGCUGCGGGAUCCCGAGGAACAGGAGGCCGUCACGGGGCGCGGGUCUGACGUCUGCUCUCGGGCCCAUCCAGCCUUGCGGAGGCCCCGGCGGUGGCAGCGGCCGCGGACGCCGCAUACAACCCAGCUGUACCAGCACGUGCCCGAGACCCGGUGGCCCAUCGUGUACUCCUCCCGCUACAAUAUAACCUUCAUGGGCCUGGAGAAGCUGCAUCCCUUUGACGCCGGAAAAUGGGGCAAGGUGAUCAGCUUUCUAAAAGAAGAGAAGCUUCUGUCAGACGGCAUGCUGGUAGAGGCACGGGAAGCCUCAGAGGAAGACCUGCUGGUGGUGCACACGAGACGUUAUCUCAACGAGCUGAAGUGGUCCUUUGCUGUCGCUACCAUCACAGAAAUCCCCCCUGUCAUCUUUCUCCCCAACUUCCUUGUGCAGAGGAAGGUGCUGAAGCCCCUUCGGAUCCAGACAGGAGGAACCAUAAUGGCGGGGAAGCUGGCAGUGGAGCGAGGCUGGGCCAUCAAUGUGGGUGGUGGCUUCCAUCACUGCUCCAGCGACCGGGGAGGGGGCUUCUGCGCCUACGCAGACAUCACGCUCGCCAUCAAGUUUCUGUUUGAGCGAGUGGAGGGCAUCUCCAGGGCCACCAUUGUUGAUCUUGAUGCCCAUCAGGGCAAUGGGCAUGAACGGGACUUCAUGGGUGACCAGCGUGUGUACAUCAUGGAUGUCUACAACCGCCACAUCUACCCUGGAGACCGCUUUGCCAAGCAGGCCAUCAGGCGGAAGGUAGAGCUGGAGUGGGGCACCGAGGAUGACGAGUACCUGGAUAAAGUGGAGAGGAACCUCAAGAGAGCCCUUCAGGAGCAUCCUCCCGAUGUCAUGGUGUACAACGCAGGCACCGAUAUCCUCGAGGGUGACCGCCUUGGAGGACUGUCCAUUAGCCCACAGGGCAUCGUGAAGCGGGAUGAGCUGGUGUUCCGGGUGGCCCGCAGAUGUCAGGUGCCCAUCCUCAUGGUGACCUCAGGCGGGUACCAGAAGCGCACAGCCCGCAUCAUUGCUGACUCCAUCCUUAAUUUGUAUGACCUGGGGCUCAUUGGUCCUGAGUCAGCCAGCAUCUCAGCACAGAACUCAGACACACCUCUGCUACUCUAGGAGUUGCCCUGACUGCACUGCCCUUCGAAGCGGUUCUCUGCCUGCCUCCCACCCCUCCAACCCCUCAGUGCUUCUCCUUUUCUAACCACAUGGGAUGGCAGGGCAGCUGCUAGGGGCCCUGAAGGGCCUGGGGCUUGUCCCCACCCAGGCCUGCCUUCAGGGCUUGGCAGACAGCUCCUCCACUUUCCCCACUGGAUGUUCAGGCCCUGUGGAAGCAGGCAGUUCACCCAAGGAGAGAGGAGGGCAGGUGAGGCUCUGGGGGCUGCAGGGAAGGCCCCCAGGGGUCAGGAUGCUCCCUCCCGUUUUAAAAAAUGUCAGACCCGUGUCAGACCAAGGAAGCUUCCAUCUCUGCAAUGGCUGGGCCUCCCUCCUCUUAAGUCAUCAGAUUUGCUUCCUUUCUUGUCUCAAGCAUGGCCUGAGGAUCUGGGGACAGCCAUGUGGGUGGGACUGGAACCCGGCUCUUGGAGCCCGGCCUGGGGUGGGGACUGCACUCCUGGCCUGCAGAGCGGAACUCUGGUCCUAGAUGUGAGCAGUGGCAGGGAAAGGGGAGGUUUCCCUCUGGCAUUCCUUUAGAAUGCAAGGGCUGGACAUAUUCUCAGAGCCCCUUGCUGACACGUGGAUUGGAGGCCUGAGGGGCCCCGUCCCUGCUUCCAUAGGGGCCCACCUGUGCAGGGGGGAGCAGUUUGGGGAAGAGCACUUGGCUUGGGACCUCGGCGCUGGAAGCAUAACAGGGCUGCUGACCCCAGCGGGGAGGGCAGAGGAAGAUGAGGACUGGACGGGGAAAUCUCGGGUGGGGCAGGUGGCCAAGCCAGGUGCUGCAGGAACCAAGGCCCCAGGUAGGGACUGAAGAACUGAGGAGGCCAGGCCGGGGUUUCUGGAGGGAGAGCAGAGGGUCUCCAUCUGGCCUAUAAGUUGUAAGGGAAGGGAGCUGGGGCAGGGCCCUGGGUGGGGCUGCAGAAUCCACUCGCCUCACCCAAAUCCCUGGGGGUCUGAUCACACUGUCCAGGAUCCCGAGUGGGCCCUAACCUUGUCCUCAGCUCUACUCUGAAGGGGACUCUUGGGUUCCUCAGGAAGCUGGCUUGGGGGAGAGCCCAUUCCAUUGCCUGGGUGUGUUCUUAGUGGACAAAGGUGGGGCUAGAGACGUAUCUGGGUCCCAGGUCCUAUGGGUUUUGUGGCCAUUAUCCUCUGGGGCUGCUCCUGUAAUCUCACACUUCCUCCCUCACACUUCCUCUGCUGCAGCAUGGGUGGGGGUGGAAUAAAGUUCCAAGAUCACAAACUGUCAAAAAUGCUGACCUUCUGGGCAAGACCUGAGUCAUUAACCAUCACGUGGACCACACUCCACUCCACCCUCCCACCCCCUGCCUUUGUCCUUGGUAUCUCUGUAUCUGAUCCCUAACAUCCCUUCAUCUCCAGUGACAGCCUGUGAGCUUCUGUUUGUAAAGAACCAUAAAGGCUCUUCUUGACUGGGCCUAGUCACUGUGUGCUCUUGAGAUGAAGAAUCCCUCCCUCCUAUGAAUUAAAGGAAAUAAACAUUUAAAAUGCACAUAACACAAGGCCUGACAUCAGCAGCUGCCCAAGAAGUGAAAGUAUUUUAUUCUACCCUCCAAGUCUUAUGAAGUAGUCAUUAUUCCCAUUUUACAGAUGAUACAGUGAACAACGUGAUCCAAACCCCAUACAUAUCUAGUGAGGCAUAGAGCCAGGUUGAACCUAGCUCUAGUGGACUCCAAAGUAAGCAUCUCAGCUGCCUCAAAUUUAGCAGGGGUGAAGGAGAUGGGGGGAGGUCAUUGCUCUCCAAACAGGAGGGUCUGGGAAAGUAUGGGAUGGGAAGGCAGGAAGGGUUGGACUCUGAUGGUGGCUCUGCACAGUGUAGAGGCAGUGGGUACUCCUGCAGGGCAGCACAUUGUGUGUAUGUGUGUGUGUAAGCAGGUGCUCCAGCAGGGCAGCGUGUGUGUGUGUUUGUGUGUGUAUGUGUGUUGCCGCAACCAGCACAGCUAGGGUUUGUGAUCUGAAGGAGGGGUCAACGCACAAAUGAAAAUACUAUAUAAGAAAUAUGAAUUUAGAAGGCAUGGGUGGGGGGGCAGGUGGAGACCUCGCUCUUGGAGAGGCACCCUGAAACCUCGCCUUAGCUGCUUUUUAUUCAGUUUUAGAUACACAUCUUGCCCUCAGUAAAGCAUGGCAAACAGGUAGCAGACAUAACGUCUCUAAGAUCAAUAAAGAUCAGUAAGGUCCAGUAAACGUGCUUUUAGGCUAUUAGGUCAGGAAAUUGCUUCGAGUCACUACUAUCUCAACACGAACGAUGGUGCUUAGCAUUAGCCUUGCCAAUACUCAAGGUCCAUUGGCCUUUUGCAUUCCUUGAUGCACUCUCAUGAUAGUAUUGACAGUGGAUGGCCUCCCACAUCUCCCCCUUUUUGUUUUAUUAAUCUUGAAAAUGUAUGUUGUCUGUAGGGCUUGAGUCCUUUUAAGACUUUUCAUUCUGCAUCUGCAGACUAGAAAUAAACAUAUAAGAACAAGAAUGAGACAGACAAUAGUGGUUAUGCUAACAGGCAAAUGUAAGGAGAUUCAAUGAAAAGGAUUGAGUUCUUUCAUGUCCUUUUUAAAAUGCUGCCAGGCAUCUAAGGAACUAGUUUGUAGUAAGCUCCUUUCUGGGCCAUCAGUUCUUUAUGGGUCCCCUUCACAAUCACUGUCCCCUGUGACAUGACAGCAAUCAUAUUUGAGUUCUGGAUGGUGGACAAAUGGUGGGCAGUGACAAUGCAGGUGCGACCUCCUCUGGCUUUGUCCAGGGCAACCUGCACCAUUGCACAACUGAUGACUGCUAGCAUGACAGGGCUUUUUCACCAUCCUCCAAGUUAUCUCUGGACUGUUUGUCAUCUGUCUCAUUCUCCUCCCAUUCCUUAUCUUCAGCGUGUUGCUUGGGGCUAUUGCUUUUUGGGGCUGGAGUAGUUGUCUGUCUGCAGCCGCAGAUACAGGGUGAGGCUCCAGGUGCAAGGUCCUCAUUAGUCUGGUCAGUUCCUCUCUCAGAUCUAUGUUGAAGUUUAAUAUUCCUUGCAGGAAUCCACACAGGCUUGGAGGAGUUUUCUGGAAAUACACAAGCAUAUCCUCGACCAAAUGUUAACAAGGGGUUGGGACCCUUCCAUGAACCAGACUCGAGAUCUUUCCAUUUAACCACACCAUUUUCCUUUGGCUUAUUCUGACACCAGUGUAAUCCAUAGGUGUCUUGCCAUCAGUGUUACAAGGGAAAAUAUUUAAAGUAAUUAAGGCUUGUUGUAGUCUACUUACAGGAGAUUUCAGCACUACUCCCCCUUUUUGUUUUUCAAGUUGGGAUUUUAGCCACUGAUUUUUGCAUUCUAUAAUUGCUUGUCCUUGGGAAUUGUAUGGUAUUCCCAUAAUGUACUGAAUUUUCCACUUUUUAUAAAAUUGCUGGAAAAGAUAGCUUGUGUAUGUGGGUCCAUUAUCAGUUUUAGUAAUUUUUGGCAUUCCCAUGACAGCAAAAGCAGCAAUGAUUAAGGACCUGUUUUGCCAUUUCCCCUGUAGAUGCAGUGGCCCACAGGAUCUUUGAAAUAGUGUCUAGAAAGACAUGCAAUGCCCCAAGGUGUCCAAAAGGAGUAUAGUGUGUUACAUCCAUUUGCCAGAUAUGGUCCCUUAUCAAUCCUCAAGGGUUAAUUCCUGUAUUAGGCCCUUGAGGCAGAUGUAACAUGCAAGUGGGACAUUCCUUGAUAAUCUGUUUUGCCUGCUGUCAAGUGAUUGAGAAUUGUUUAGGCAGGCUGAUGUAAAAGCUGAUGAGAUUCUGUGGCCUGUUUUAAUAAAGCAACCAAUUGAUUAG